AUGGGCGAGCCUCUGCAGGACCCACUGCAGGCACGCACUAAACGGCUGCUGAUUGACUACUUAUCAUUCUGCUCACGGGAGCCGGGCACCCGGCCGUCACGGCCCACGUCUGUUGAGGCGGCCUUGCUGCGCUCUGUCACUAGGCAGAUCCAGCAGGAGCACCGGGCUUUGUUUUCCUCCUUCCGCAACUGGCAGGGCAACCGCCUGCAGCUGGUGAAACAGAUGGCGGAUAAUUUGCUCUCCAAUGACCAACACUUCAACUGGGGCCGCCUGGUGAUGCUCCUGGCCUUCACGGGGACGCUUGUGAAUCAAGGCUCUUACAGAGCUGUCAAGCAGAGGCCGGAUCUGAGGAAUCAUCUCCUAGUGACCCGAGACUGCUAUUUCAUAGUGGUCUUGCUGUAUAGACUGCUCAUGGGACGGCACCGCUCCAAGCUGGAGGCUCUAGGCGGCUGGGAUGGCUUUUGCCGCUUCUUCAAGAACCCCUUACCAUUCGGCUUCUGGAGAAGACUGCUGGUCCGGGCUUUUCUGUCCUGCUUCUUUGCAACGACCAUCUUUUAUAUCUUGAAACGUUUAUAAGUUUAAAAAUUGUAAAGUGAUCUU